AUCCUUCAAUGCAGUUUUGGAUUGGUGGUGUUGUUGGUUUUGUCGUGACAUGGCGUUACCCCCUUUGAACCGAUACAAAAGAGUCAGUAAUACAUUGUUCAAGGCAACAGCUUUGACACUAUCUUCUGUCGCAGUAGUUGGAAAUAUAUACAUAUUCGCAAACUUGUUCAGUAUUUUUUCGUAUAGAAGGUCUAAAAAUCAGCUUACCGAAACCAGUACACAAGAAAAUUGAAGUUUCUAAAAAACUGCCAGCUUGAAGAGUUUUAACUUGUUGACAAGGUUGUUGUUUCAAGGGUUCUCUGACCUGUUGGAGAGGUCUUGUUCUGCUUGCGGCGAAAGGUUAUGAAUAUUCUUUAGUGUUUUACUAUUGUGUUUAGAAGAAUGAGUAAAAAUUAUUUUUCUACAUUGGAAUCAUGUGUGCGAACCAUUGUUUCUUAACAUAUAUGAAUAUGGAGCACUUGUUGUCUUUGGAACAUAGCCACUCGUUCAUUCAAACUUGGGAAGGCACAGUGGUCGUUACAGGAAGGAAAGCAAAGCCUCUUUGGUUAGACGGUAUUCAACUGCCACCUUCGGGAAGCGGUGUUUUUUCCUUUGAAGCACGAGGAACUUCGGAUAUAGAUGUACUGUUUUCUUCCUAUCCUGAGAAAGUUUCUGAGGAUGAACAAGUGGAGUUAGAAGAGAAUUUGCACAGAGCCGACUAUGAAGUUGUGAUUGGUAGCCACUGUAACACGAGAAGUGUCAUUCGUAAAAGAGGAGUGUUGAGAGCUUCCAGUUUGGUUGGUGUUGGGAAGGAAAGUGCAGAUUUGAACUCCUUUGGUUCUCCUUCACAUAGUUAUUAUACAACUUGGGAUUUCGAAAGAUAUUGGAUUUGUAUUGGUGAAGGAUUACUUGCGGUUGGUAAGGGAAAUCUUGGAGAAAGCAUUUUCCUUUAUUGGGAAGAUCCUUUUCCUAUACGUGACGCACUUUCUGUUGGUAUUUCAUCUUGGAAUCGUCCCGUUGUGUUCCGCUUCAUUGAGUUGACGCCUAUGCCGGAAGGACUUGUAUAUAGAACUAGAGAAGGAUGCAAUCGUGUUUGUGAUCUAUUUGUUGGGUCUAUUUAUAAUUUUAGUGGUUUCUUUUGCGAUACUUGUUUUGAGUCUUCUGAUGGUGCACUGUUUCCAUUCCAUGGUUGUCUUGUAUCAUCACUCAGCAGUCGUCUUGCUUUAGCUAUUAAAGAAGCGCAUUCUUUACAAACCUAUAGAGGUGGGUUGAUGCUUUCUUGUUUUAGAAUAUAUAACUCUUUCCACUUAGAUGUUGAUUAUAUCGUCCAAGGCCAUCGUCCUAUCUUUCUGCUGAAUACAAGUAAUUCAAAGUGCUUUACAACCAUCAAGAAAGACUUUGAAAAAUUGCCUAGAGUAGUACUUACAUCUUCAAUGAUGGUAGUAGCGAUGUUUUUGCAGCUCUUAUAUGGAAUUGGACUUGACGGAAAAUGCUUUUAUGACAUGAAAAGUAUGCAGAGUCUUCUGCAAGUUUCAACGAUGUGUCAUCAGUUUAUUCAAGAAUGUAAGGAGUUGCUGAAGGAAUGGGACUUGUUACACUUAUUUCCGGUCUUUGGUAAUAAUGUAUCGGAACAUGAUCAGGACCUGUCCGUGGAUAAGUCGUACGAACAUUGGAGACAACAUAUUAUCCGAUUGGUUCCAUCGCACUUAAAAGUCCUUCGAGAGACUUCUUGGUUAUCCGAUGUGAACUUGAUCAUUUCAGAUUCAGACGAAAUGUCACAUAUAAGGAAAGAAGAGGAUGAACUACAUCUUGAUAGGAACGCAGUUCAACAACCUGCAAUGAUUCCAGCUCAUCGUAUUAUUUUGGCAUGCCGUAGUUCCUACUUUCAAAAUAUGUUUUCAAAUGGAAUGCGAGAAACUUUCGACGAUAAUGUAAAGUUAAAAGACACCAAUAGGAUCUCAGUAGAGAGGAUGCUCAAAAUUAUAUAUUUUGACCGUUUAGAUGAUAUCGAAAUGAAUGAAGAAUCACAUUUUGAUUCCUUCCAGCUGCAUUAUUAUGAUUUAAGAACUGGAGAUAUGUUUUAUAAUAUGGAACUUGUACGAAUUGCAGCAAUCGGAUUAAAAAAACUUGUAGAUAAAUGGAAUGCUGGUAUAUUAGCCAAUCUUUCUCUAAAAUAUCGGAUUUAUGAUUUAUUUCAGACUGCUUCUUCGUUUAUUUGUUCACAUUUUGUGGAAAUUAUGGAGCAAAAUGAUUCUCUGCUGGAUUUGGAAGAAGAGUGCUUGUUAUCGAUUUUGAGCCGUAUUGAUCUAAUAUGUAGAAGCGAGGAUGACGUGUUGAGUCUUGUUCUCAAAUGGUUGAAACAAAAUUCCACAAACGAUAAGAUAACGAAAGAUGUAUUUUCCAUGAUUCGUUGGCCGUUCAUCAGUGCAGACUUGAAAGCUAAAGCUGAACUCGAAUAUGAGCAAGUUUUCUAUUGGGCUAAGGAAGUAAUAACAAAAAAAUCAGAGAAACAUUUGAGUCAACAUUAUUCACUGUCAGAUGACGGCUCAAACGAGUCUUCUGUUUUGGAGCAACGGUAUUCUGAUAGACAAUAUUCUUACGAUGGAGAUAUUGGCUUCUCUGAAAUUUUUGAACAGCCUCGUACCUUUGAUACUCGAAAUGUCCAAGUAAUUACUGUUCUUCCUUGUAGAUGGAUACCUCCGCGGUUCUUUUCAUUCGAAGAACGAGACAAAUGGAAAAGCUUAAGAAGAGACUGGUCAUUGCUAUAUGGCCAUGUACCGAGAUUAAAGAAGGGCGAAGUAUGGAUCCCAUUUAUUCCUACUCAACUUUCAUUAGGGGCACUUUUUUAUUUAAGUUGUCAUUCAAAGUAUCAGUUAGUGGGUACUCGGAUUAAUCCUCAUAAGCAUGGAGUGGUUAAGAUAUCUUCAUCUUCAGGUGCACGCUUUUCGAGGUUAGAAAAUCUUGUAGAAUCAGGAGCCAACCGUUCCAGUUUCGCGCUUCCCGACAGUUCAGGAUUGGCAUGGUUUUCUUUGGACUUUGGAACUAAGUAUGAACUGGCAUGUUCUGCUUACAGUCUAGUACAUGAUGGCUCUGAAAGUAAUUUUCUACGAAAUUGGUGUCUAGAAGGAAGUAAGGAUGGCACCCAAUGGUCGAUAUUGAAAGAACACAUUAAUGAUAAAAGUUUGCAGCAUCCUCUACAACGUUCAGUAUGGAAGAUAGACAAUGUUAUGUCACAAGAGUUUUUUAGGUAUUUUCGCAUUUUAGCAAGGUCACGAGGCUCUAGGUUAAACUUGGGCAACUUGGAGUUCUAUGGUCGUUUAAGAAGCAAUGAAAAACUGAAUGCAUGAAAGAAUAACGAAAAUUUAUUCGACUUU